AUGGAGUUUAUGAGGAAAAUAUUCAUCGGAACGAUCACAGUUGCCUUGAUCAUUGGCACUUUACCAGUAGUUAUCUGUGAAAAUCAAUGUACAAAAUAUGGUAAUCCACCACGAAAAGCAACAUUUUCGCUUGAUGCAUUAGCCUCAGUCGUAGAUUUAUGUCUCAAUAUCAACGACGUGUUGUCAGGCAUAUCACCACUCUUAUCUCAACUCUUAUUGAAGGCUCAAUUAAUGAAAUUUAAAGAUAACAAUGGUGAAGACCGAGCAGCAUGUUUACUCACAAAAGGAUCGACUCAACAGUUGCCGCUGUUGGUUUGGCUACAUCCAUCGCUGGCUACUCGAGCUGCUAUUGUAUUCACUGGACUAUUGGAAGCGAUGACUACGGCUGAUUUGACAAACGAUAAAAGUCGAGUUGGAUAUUCUUUAUUGCUAAUAUCCGGUAGAAGCACUACUCAUUUUUAUCCGUUUCCUGAUGACGUUGGUCUCGGAUGGGAUAACUGGUAUCGGAAUUAUAAUCGAUCAGAUCCAAAAAUAAAUGUUGACGUCCAAACAAUUGACUAUUUUAUUCAAAAUGCGAAAUCAGCAGUUAAUAUUGAUGUGAAACGUGUAUACAUGAGCGGUUGGAGUAAUGGCGCAGCAAUGGCUGUUCAAUAUGGACUAAAUACACCAAAUAUUGCUGCUGCUGCUGUUUAUUCGGCACCUGAUCCAUAUAAAGAUAUUCAUGAUCCCUGUGCACAAAAACCAAAUCCGCCAUAUCUUACACCAUUUAAAAUUCUUUAUAAUCAAUGUGAUAUCGCCGGUAUUUGUACAACAGGCAAAGCAUUUAUAAAUGAUUUAGUGACGCGAUAUCCAAAAUUAACAGCUAAAUUUACUGUUACGAAUGCACUACAACUAUCAACUCUCAGCCCGCCAAUGUGUACUGUUUUUGCGGUUCUCUGCUCGAAUAUAUUACUUGGUGGCUUAAAUCAUGCACGUUGGCCUGUUUUCUUAAAUCAUGAAUUUUUCGAUUUUUUGAAAAACUACACAUCGAAAUAG